AUGACGAGGUGGCCCAGAAGCUCCAGCUCACAGAACUCGAGCCUCGCACAUCUUCCCGAUCGAGGUAGACGGCGCCGCAAGGCGGCGAGGAGGAGAGGUGAUGAAGGCGCCAGCGGGCAGCGCUGCACCAUCUGUCAGGCGAUAGCCCUUCAGGCGCAGAAGUCCUGGAAGCGCGCCAGGACCACGAAGAGCGGCAGCCCGUACAACUACAUAGGCACGAGCUCUUCGGGCCAGACGGGGGAGAGCAUGCUCAUCGCCGCGGUGCAGAAGAAGGUGUGCAACCGGAAAGUGCUGGCGCAGCUCCCGAAUCCCAACCAGUACACCCUGCACCACCUGGAGGGACCGUGCAGUAUGAGUGCGACAACAUAG